GGAUGUUGUAUUCGCACACUGGCCGUUAUCUUGACGUGUGUGGUAGGAUCGGCGAGGCAGGUAUAUAACCACGAAUUGUGUCAUUUUCUGGUUCAGAUCCGGAAGGACUAUAUCGUAUAUCCUCUAGCUAGGAAUUCAACGUUAUCUACAGGAUUACUACAAUGUCGAAAACACAGUUGUAUUUAUUGGACAUCAGAAUUGAUGGAACUUGUAUAACCAGAAUGCAAGGAAAAACUUUUAAAGGGAUCAUAGAUGAUGUACAACGGGUUUUCCCGCUAGAUACUGGGGAAUGUCGUGAUGGGAGUCCGACAUUUAGAACAAUUCACAAGUUCAAGGUAACAGGUGAGCCUCGCGUUGUUACAGUGGUAGAGACAUCGGGAGGCGAAACUCUGCUGGAGAGGUUCAUCUCGGACUUAGUAUCGCUUGGAAUAGGUGACAUAACGUGUACACCCCUGACAGACUAUGAAGUGUUCGCUCAGAAUGUGUUAGACGUGGACACGGAUCUCUGUAAACCAUCGCCACGUAAACUCAGCAAAAAGUUUACUUACUGGAAUGAGCUGACAAUAGAUUAUCAUGGUAUGACAUGGGAAGAUUUCAAACAACUUUGGGCUAAAGAGGCAAGCACAGUCCUUGGCUUGAGGGCCGAGUCGGAUGCGAACGUCGAUCUCUACAAAAACAAGAACUGUCGGAAAGUGACAGUUUUCACCAGCGUGGACGACGCUGACGACACAGACGGUAUGUUCAACACACUGCCACUGUUCGUACAGAAUGGACAGAACGUCAGUAACGUGUGUAAAGCCGUACAGCCUCUCGACGAGUACCUCAUGGACCUGAUGAUGGAAGGACACGCUUAUCACACAAAACACGGCUGUAUUUUAUAUGAAGUAGCGGAACACUACGUCAGCGUUUAUAAAUGUCUGGCAUUGUACAGUCUACCCUCGUUAUAUCACUACAUUUCGUCAACGCCAGUUAUGGCGGUAUAACGAGGGUGGCGAUGGUAUCGAAUUAUUGAAAUUACAACCAUGAAAUGGUAUAAGAGACGUCAUAUUUGUCAUGUUGGACCUAAUGUCUUAUAUAAGCUUAAUAAAGCUAUUAGCCAAUAUUCUGAUUUAUUCUUC